AUGACGACAGAAACUGAAAAAUUGUCACAGGAGGAGAUGGAUAUAAUCAUGUCAGAGGCAAGGGCAGGUGAGCUUGAAUCAUUGAAGGAGAUAUUUGCAGAAAUACCCAAAGAAUCAUUACUAGAUAUCAAAGACGACAUGACAUUAGCAACCCCAGUACAUAUGGCAGCAGCAAACGGCCACUUGGAGACACUUCAGUACCUUCUUUCCAUAAUACCAAAGCAAGAUGCAAUAAGUCUAGCGAAGGUGAAGAAUGAAACCGGAAACACCGCCUUGCAUUGGGCAGCAUACAAUGGACAUCUAGAAGUUGUGAAAUUGCUUGUUGAGAAUUACGAGGCAGACGCAUUUGAGAAGAAUGAAGCGGGACAUGAUUCGAUAUAUGAAGCCGAAAAUAAUGGCAAGGUUGAUGUAGAGAAUUGGUUUUUGAAAAAAUAUGCACCAGAAGAAGAUUUCAAAGUGGAGGAAGAUGGCGAAAAUACAAAGAUUAGUUAUCAACCUGGUAAAGAGAGUAAAUUGGCUGAUGAUAAUGCAAGGGAUGCGGUAUUUGCGGCCAAAAUAGAUAAAGAAAAGGAUGGCAAGGCAGAAAGUGGAGAGCUGAUUGAAAGCUCUACAGCGAACCUUUCUCUUGAGUCGUGA